UGUUAAUAGCUAGAAAUGACAUUAUUUAUAUAAAUUAUUAGGUCUUAGGAAUCGUUAUUCAAUCACGUAACGUUGUGAUUGCUAUAUUCUAUGUAUUUUAAAUCCAGCUAAAAUAAUAUAUACUAAUUAUAUUACAUAGCAUGUUUCAGUAUUCUUUCAUUCUUUUUAUUUUAUAGUAUGAUGUCAAAUCCAAAUAAAGUACAAAACACUAAAGUUGAAAUUGAAUUUUGUAAAGUUUGUGAUUAUGGGGGACAUUGCUUAGCUUUGGCUAAACAAAUUAAAAAAAGUAGUCCAGAAGCAGAAGUAGAUUGCAAAAAAGGUCGACAAGGUUCAUUUGAAGUGCUAGUUAAUAACAAGCUAGUUUAUUCAAAAUUGCAAACCAUGGCAUUACCAGAUUAUGAAGAGGUAGCUGAAGUUGUACAUGAGGUGUGUAGAGGUGCAGAGCCAAGAGAAAUAAAAGGACAACAAGAAGUAAACUGUGUAAUAUCAUAACAUUUAAUAUAUAUAUCACAGCACCAAAUUUCAUAAAAAACAAAGGCAAGUUUCUAAGACCUUAACAACAAUAGAUAAAAAAUACAGAUUAUAAAAUAUUUCAUUAAUAAAAUAUAUGUGCAAACAAAGUCUGUUUAGAUCUGUUUUGUAAAAUUUUAGACUCCCUUAAUAUUUAUAUGGUACUUUAUAUAAAUUGCCAUCACAUCAGUCUUAUGUUAUGUGAUGUUACAUAAAUAAAUAAAGUUUAACUAAAUAAAAAUAAAGGCAUUACAAGCAAACCAUAACAAGCAUUAUCACAAAUUCAGUUAUAUUACAGUUAAAUUUCAAGGCACAAAACAGUGGUUCAAAUCACUAAGUUUUGCUUUGUGGUAUGAACAUACACCUAGCACAAACUCGAUCUCUGCAUAAAUAAUAUCUUUAAAAUGCACAAUAUUAUAUUUGUUUAUAAAAAAGGAAAAGCUUUUGGAUGUGAUAAUAAUGAUUAUACAUUUAAAUAAACAUUUCACAUUUACAUAAUAAAUCAAAUCUUAGUACUAAAUAGUGUUUAUUACUAAGAUUUGAUUUAUUAUGUGUGUAUUUUAGAUUCUAAUUAUUAAGUAAGCUAAUUCAAUUUACAUUUUAUAUUCAGCAAUACUUGAUUGGUCAACCAGUCUUCCCAAUAUUUAUGAAAAAUUCCCCAAUACAAAAGAUAGUCAAACCAGAUUUGUUAAUAAAGAAAUUAAUCUUUUUCAGUAGAUACAUUUAAAAGUCUGAGUAGCAGUAAAAACAUUG